CUCAUACUAGAGCGUAACCCUAUAAAUUCCAAAAAUGUGGCAAGGCCUCUACUGGUGCUCAAGGCUUAGUCACCAUCAGAGAAUUUGUAAUGGAAAGACAUCUUACCAAUAUCAAGACUGUGGCAAGGCCUUUAACCACAACUCAGGCCUUACUCAACAUUACAGAAUUCAUAUUGGAGAGAAACCUUACCAAUGUCAAGAAUGUGGCAAGGCCUUUAGCCACAGCUCAGUCCUUGCUAAACAUUACAGAAUUCAUACUGGAGAGAAACCUUACCAAUGUCAAGAAUGUGGCAAGGCCUUUUGUGACAGGUAUUCCCUUACUCAACAUCACAGAACUCAUACUGGAGAGAAACCUUACCAAUGUCAGGAAUGUGGCAAGGCCUUUAACCACAGCUCAGUCCUUGCUAAACAUUACAGAAUUCAUACUGGAGAGAAACCUUACCAAUGUCAAGAAUGUAGCAAGGCCUUUAUACACAGCUCAAACCUUACUCGACAUCACAGAAUUCAUACUAGAGAGAAACCUUACCAACAUCAAGAAUGUCGUUAGGCCUUUACAGGCACUUGCUCCUCACUAAACAUCAUAAUAUUCAUAUGGGAUAGAUGGCUUACCAGUGUAUAAGAUGUUUGAAUGGGGCACCUGGGUGG